AUGGCUGGCUUUGGAAACACCUGGGGUCCCGGCGGACGCCUCGACCAGCCCAACUGGGAAGAUGAAAUGCAGAGUGGCACCCAGCAAGACUAUAAUGCUGACGAGGGCAUUCGGUCGGAUCCCAUGUCCGAAUCAUCGCAAAGGUAUUCCAGCGGCCAUGGCCAGGAGUACGACCAACAGCACACCGCCAUGCAAGGAGAUGGCAGAGCUCAGGGUGAAGAUUGGGGUGGAAGAUAUCAAGGCGGAACUGCCCAAGCGUACCCGCAGACUGAAAGCACACAGGGUGGAUAUGGUCAGAGAGGCAUGGGCGGACAAGGAAUGCACAGUUUCUCCAGAAUUGGAGAAGAUGAGCCGAGUGACGAGAGGUUUAUGGGUGAGCAUGGCAGUCAGGGGUUCGGAGAGCAAGAACAGCAGGCUGAGAAACAGUCCAAGCCUAGUGGUAUUCUCGGCUGUAUCAGCAGCCUCGGGGAUAGGGCACAAAGGGCUGCGGAAUGCAGGUUUGGUGGCGGUUCUUAA